GCAAUUAUAUUUGUUUUGACGUUCCAAAAUUGUCAAACCGAAAAUUGCUAGAUUCACAGUUGAAGUGAUUUGAAAGCAUUAAAGAACAGUGACGCCACCUCAACUUUCAUCACUUGGUUUGUGCCAUUCUUCGAAGAUGUCCAAAGCAAACGAAUCGAAACGUUUGCUUCGAUCCCAGAAGACCAAGAAGGAUAACGACGAGCUGUUUGUCAAGUUACCCAAAUUUAGUAAACGGGUUCGCGGCAAGAGCUCAUUAGAGAAGCAAGAGGACGAAAGCGAUGUCAAUUCAAAGGUUAUUCUGCCGGCUAAUGAGAGGCUUUACAAGUUCCUGAAGCAGCCAGCCUGCCAACGCUGGAUCUGGUGUGAGUUUCUCGAGUCUUUCAUCGACAAGACGAUCCUGGCUAGCGCCUAUAGUCCAAUAAACUAUAAGAAGACUCGCUUCGCCCAGUUGGAGACUGAUGAACUGCCCAAACGGUGCUGGCAGUUCAUACGUCGUUUAAAUGGAAAGCCUCGCCGCUUUAGUCCAGCAUUUAUAGCUAGCGAGAAAGCGGAAUUAGAGCGUUACCGUGGCGUCAUUCGUCAGUUGCAACAGUUCAGACUGGAUGGGACACAAAGUGUUGAGUCGCUUCCCAAGCAAAUACCGAUGCCACUGCCUAUGGACGCUAAGGUGGUCAGUUUGCUGAGCAAACCUCUCCCGAUGCUCCGCAAGGGACGUGUGAUUGGCUACGAGCCAAAUGAUUGCAGUUAUCUGGUCAAGUUCGAUAUGGGGGGCAAGCAUACUGUGCUCAGCAGGGCCGACUGUUAUUUGUAUACGCUGCAUGAGUGCAAGAGUAAGUCGCUAGCUGACAUCAUCAAUGAGACCUCUGCUGAUAACGAGCUGGAUGCUGUCGCAGACGACACGACGGGUCAAAAACGAUGCCAUCCGUUGUUCGCAGCUUUGUUGCAGCUGCAAAAGCAAUUGACAUUGAAGCGCAAGAUCAUCAGCGAUAUUACUACCAUAAACGAGGAGUUCGUGGCUGGCGGCGUUCCAGUAGCGGCUACACGUCGCGAUAUCAAACUAACGCCACAACUUGAGAAGCUUCAACAUCGCUAUGCCAGCAAUAUUAUAACUCUGCAUCGUGUGAAUGCCGAAAUUCUGGAUAAUCUGCGUGUAGCGCACGAACAAAUGGUGGUGUAUGAGAAGGAUUAUCUGCAGAAUAAUGACACACCGUGCAACAAGAUAUUGGAAAAGUCCCGCUUCCUUGCCGAAAGGGAUCUAAAAGCUUCAUCGAAUCAGAUGUAUCUCAAGGGGCAAGCCACACGUGAAUUGAUUCUGCAACUGCAGACUUUGCUCUACUUGUGCACCGAACUGGGGCAAGGUAAUGAUAUUGCAGUGAAUGCAGUAUUAGAUGCCUAUAUCAACAAACUAGUGACUGAAUCGACGCCGGAGCAUCUUGCUGAUUUCCAACAUGUAAUCGGCAUAUUGCACAAGCUGCGCGAUCAGAUUACGAACAUGUGGAAUCUGGAAUUGGAGCGCAGACAACAGCAGCUGCUUCAAGUGCAACAGUCGGACAUUGCUAGUUUUGUGAUUACUGAGGAAGGUGACAUCGAUAUGAGUUUGUAGAGUAGUGCCUUGUAUUAUAUUAAUAAUAAACCUAUAAAUUGUGCGCAAAAGUAUGCCUGUAUUG